UGUUGGCGCCGCUCGUUCUAGCAGGCUCUAGUCGACAUGGAUGGUGCUCUCAGUGCGGCCAUGGGUGGUCCUCGUCGACGAAUGCUGAAGUCACAUGUGCGCAACGCCACCUUGACAGACCAUGUAGCUCGCUUCGACGCAUCGCCUACCUGACAUCGCCCUGCUUCUACGCCUAACCUUCGCGCUCACGACAAUUAUGCUGAUCGACCUAUCUGCCUGACGCUAGGCACCUUCGCUGAUGUCAAGUCGGCUUUCUACACAGACAAGCGCACUCUCGAGCGCAGUACUGCUUACAGUCUCGAGGAAGCCUUCCUUCACUGAAGGGCCUCUGACCUCGCCGCCUGCUUGCCGCCGCCGCCUUCUUUCAGUACGCUCGAUGGCGUCUUUGCGUUCAACGCUGGCUAUGCUGUUCAACGCCGGCUCUGCUGUCCAACGUCGGCUCACGAAGACCACCUUCUCGGACCGUCACCCAUUCGCAGACCGCUACCCACUCGCCGACCGCCAUUCUCACUAUCAAUCGCGCAACGAGACCGAGUGGGUCUUGCCGCAGGCCUCCCGUGAGAGCCAGUACUCGACUCUGAUAUGAGUAACUCGGAUAUCUCAGGGUAUCUCGUGAGCGACCCACGUCCCACAGAUCCAACAACCCGCAGA